CGGAUUCCUGGUGAGGCGUGUCAUCAAUGCACUUGGGUUAAAAACAUGCUCAGUAAUCAACAUUCACUUCGGGGAAGCGGAGGGAGGCUGUCGACCUCACCGCUAGGGCGGACUGACUAACUGGCCACUGGGCUCCAUCUCCCACGUUGUGAACGGUCGUGAGGGAAGAUGCCUCGGGUAGCAGUCGUACCAGAGGUCCACACUCAUGUCUUGGCAGAAUUACACUGCCUGGACCCUCUUCUUUCCACUUUGCGGUUAGACUCCGGCAGGCUCAAGUGCACAUGUUUGGCUGUGUCGAGGAAGUGGCUCGCAUUGGGAACAUCAGCCGGAGGUUUGCACCUUAUUCAGAGGGAGGGAUGGAAGCAGAGAUUAAUACUUACUCACAAGGAAGGAUCUAUUACUCAGGUGUCGUGCUGUCCACACGAUGAAGACUUUGUUGCUGUUGCGACAAGUCAGGGUUUGGUGGCAGUGUGGGAGCUGCAGCUGGAGCGGCGUGGUCGUCCAGAGAGAGUGAGCGUCUCCUGGGAGCACAGGGGUCACAGCAUUACUGCGCUCUGCUGGGACACCAACACGCUCAAGGUCUUUGUCGGAGACUCGGCAGGCAAGGUGUCUUUUCUCCGAGCAGGAUCCUCUAAGCUGGGAAAGGGUUCAGGAUUUGUUAUGUUUCCUGUCCAAACUGUCACCACUGUUGAUUCCAGAGUGGUUCAGCUUGGGUACCAGGACGGUCGGCUGUUGGUGUCCUCUCUGAGUCGCUGUUAUCUCUGUGAUACAGAGAGAGAGAAGUUUUGGCGAGUUGGAAACAAGGAGCGAGAUGGAGAGUACGGAGCUUGUUUUUUCCCUCAAAACAAAGGAUUGUCGAUGGGCCAGCCCCCAUUGCUCUACUGCGCCCGGCCGGGGUCUCGAAUAUGGGAAGCCAGUUUUGAUGGCGAGGUUUUAAGCACCCAGCAGUUCAAACAGGCACUCAACUGUCCUCCUUUACCUCUCAUCACAUACAGAAAAGAACCACAUUACAAUCCAGGGCAGAAGACCCCCCAAUCAAUUGCUUUCCCUAAACUACUAUAUUUUGGAGAUCAAAACCUGCUCACCUGGACGAAUUCAGCCAUUUAUAUUUUUACCCCUCAUAAUGGCCAAGUUCUUUUAUGGACAGAGCUAAAAGAUGUGCUGGACAUCGCAGUCUACCGUAACGAUCUCUUCUGCUUCCGUGUCGGCGGCUGUCUGUCCCACAUCUCACUGUUGUCUGCAGAUCGCUGUGUUGAACGCCUGCUGCGACGAGAGUCCUGGUCUCUCGCGGCUGCGGUGUGUUGUAUGUUUCAGCACAACAUCAGCAUCAGUCGGGCCAGAAAAUCACUUCCCAUCGACCGCCUUGAACAUCUUCGGUCCCAGCUCAGUUCAAGCACUCACCCGGAUUUGAUUGGCCAACUAGAUGAGUUGAUUGCCAGGCUGGAACCCCUGGACUCUGCCUGCAGCAGCCGCAGAAGCAGCAUCUCAUCACACGAGAGCUUCAAUGUUCUAGACUGUGGUAUCUACAGAGUGAUCAGCCGUCGAGGCAGCCAAUCGGACGAAGAGACUAGCUCCCUCAUCAAUCAGUCCGUGUCGGAGGAGGAGAGACUCAAAGAAUUUAGCUUUACGCAUGAUGAAGAUCAAGUGGACCACGAUCCGAUGAGUGGCGAGCAUGCAGAAGCAGAGCGAUCUGAGCAAGGCCUUCAAUUUCACCUGCCCCUAUCAUUCCGCCCCAAACCCCCCCGCAUUGCACUGCAAGCCGUCAAAGACAGUGUUUCUAGUUUUGUCAAGAAGACUACUGAGAGGAUCAACACGCUCCAGAUGAACUCGGAGCUCUGGCAGCGAGCCGACUUUAGAGAGAACACACAUGUUGACAUGUCCGCCACGUUUGCUUCGUUCCCAGAUGAAGCAGAUACUGAGGUUUAUGCAGACAUGCCCAACACAGAGUCGGACCUGCUUGAACUGAAGUCGGCCACAGAGCAGGCCGUGUCCCAGAUGCAAGAUCCCUUACUUCUUCUGGAUCCUGAUUUCAUAGGAGAACUCCUCCAAGAGUGGUUGAAGACGCUGGAGCAAGUCCUUGGACCGACUCUCACCAAGUCAGCUGCUGUAGCUCCUUCAGAUGUAGAUCAUGACGCGUGGGAACCGCUUUUACUUACGCAGAAACCAGAAGAAGCAUCCGAAGAACACAAAGAGAGUUUUACACAAGAGAACACUGAGUCAGAGCAAGAUAAUCACCUCCCCUCAGAAGGCGAGAUGACGAUGCCUGAAGAAUCUGUGCGAUUAGUGUCUCCCAAAGUGCUCCCCUCCGAACUCCUGACUGAUCUCACCCAGCUGGCCACACUUUACACCGAACUGAGCUGCUUCAGAGAGCCAGAAGAUAUCAAGGCGUUGAACUGUGUGACUUUCCUGCGCCGCUACUUUUUCCUGCUGGACCAAGAGCGCAUCAGGCGCAUGUGUCUGCUUUGCUGCCAGGAGCAUCUGGAUGUGCAGAGCUCCUUCAUCCAGGCCAUGCUUGGUGUGACACAGUCCAGUAAAGUGGUGGAAGUCAUUCACAAAGGAGAUUUAGAGAAAUCACUUCGUUACCUGAGAGAACUGCAGCCCUGGAGUCCUCCGGUUCUCCUCGCUCACAUACACAGGUUAUACGAGAAGCACGGCGAGGCUGCUAUCCGCUCCCUUCCCCCCUUCUAUCCCACCAUUACACCUGCAGAUGUGAUGCAGAUGGCUCACAAAAGUCACUUCCUGGCCUACCUGGAUAACCUGCUCCUGUCCCAACCUGAGGAACAAAGGUUAUCAUUCCUACAGUCUCUGCUUGACCCGGAAUCGCUACGACUGGAGUGGCUUGAGCUGGCACUUAGCCACGAUGCACCUGAGCAAUGCGAUACAGUGACACCCGAGGGACAGCCCAGGAGGAAUUCUCAUUGUUUCCGUUGGGGUUACGGACGUCUCCUGUCUCUACUGAUCCAACUUCCCGCCGACUUGUCAUCCAAACAGAAGAUGGCAGAAGCCUGUCGCAGUCAUGGUUACUGGACAGGAUACCUCCACCUGUGUAGUGAGCUGCAGCAUCGCGAUGAAGCUUUUGCGACAAUCUGCCACUUGGAUGACAUCAGCCUGCUGGAGGAACCGGACGGUGUGACGCCUCAAACCUUGUCCGAGUGGAGGCUUCUGAUGGAGUUGGCUCAGGACGGCAGCUGUACGUCAGACCUGAAUGGAGACGCUUUGUCCAACGGUUCCACGGACUGCAGCGGGAAGGUCAGCACAGAGAACUUAAUCUUGCGUCUGGCCCGCACGGUCGGGCCGGAGCGUGCCGAGGCCAUCCUGGAGGAGUGGGGAGUGCAGCUGAGUCUUUCUCCUCACUCCCAGUUGGUGUGUGAGCUCCUCAAGAUGGCCGAGAAGAGGCAACGGGCAGCCAUUCAGACCAUGCUGGAGCGCUGCGAUCGCUUCCUGUGGUCCCAACACGCCUGAGUGCACUCUUGGAAUUGACAUGAUGCCAAUAAUGCCAGCCUGAUGCUAGUUUUACAGCAAACCGAUGAUUAAUUCAUUUGCUUUACUAUUAAUGAAGAUACUAACCCUUAAAAUUAUGUUAAUUGCUCUUAUUUUGCACGGAAACGAUCUUGUUUGCAAAUGAAUGUACUGUUAGUGCAAUACUGAUUUAUAAAGACUGUCUUGCAUUGCCUUAAUCAGUAUUAUAACCAAUGUUCUAACCAGGUAUUAUUUAAAUAAAGAUACGCAUAUAUUACCCAUUCUUCUAUUCUUAAAGCAUUUUGUUCUGUCAUAGGCAGACUAAUGAGGCCUAUUGAAAGUAGAUGACAUUUUAAUGUCUUGAGUAAGAGCACUUGUAAAAUACUAGAAACUGCAAUUUCGGGAGAAAUUACUUCUGGUCUUUGCCAUGUGGAGAUACAGAUCUUAGCCCCAGCCUAGGUUUGUUUGGGGACAAUUCGGGAACAAUAUCAGGUCACUUCCUGUCUUUUUGGGGACAUUUAUGGAGCCUGGGAUAAUGAUAUCAGUCAUUUGGGAACAUUUGGGAGGCGUGGCCUAUUCAUAUCAGGUCAUUUGGGAGGCGUGGCCUAUUCAUAUCGGGUCAUUUGGGAACCUUUUGGGGGCGUGGCCUGAUCAUAUGAGGUCAUUUAGGAACAUUUAGGGGGCGUGGCCUGAUCAUCAGGUCAU